UUUUUUUUAUAUUCAUAUUUAUCAAAAAAAUAGUAAUAAGGUAAUAUCGACGUAAAUUUUUCUUUUUUCCAUCUAUUUUUUUUUUCAAUCAAAUUACAAGAAAAAAGGGGGAUGUGGUUAAGUGAUAGUCAAAAUGAAACUUUAUAGAGAUUGGUGUUGGAUUAACAGCAUUUGGAUUAUUUUUUAUGAUGUUGGGUGUUAUGCUAUUGUUUGAUGGUGGAUUAAUGGCAAUAGGCAAUAUCCUUUUUUUAUGUGGAAUCACGACUAUUAUUGGACCUAAAAGUACAUUUAUAUUUUUUUCAAGAAAAGAAAAAUUAAAAGGAACAGUUUGUUUUUUGGGUGGUAUUUUCUUGGUAAUUUCUAAAUACCCAAUUUUGGGAUUUAUUGUAGAAAUCUUUGGUUUUUUGAAUUUAUUUGGCGAUUUUUUUCCUGUCGUGUUUGGUUUCUUGAAACGACUUCCUAUCAUUGGUCCUAUUUUAUCUCAUCCUAUACUUCAAAAAUUUGUUCCCAGAGAAAGUCGUACUCGAGUAUAAAUUUAAACAAUAAAAUCAUUUCAUAUUUCACAUGUUGUGUAUAUCAGAUUUGAUGAAGAAUGUGUAGUGUAUUUUAUUACCCCUUGAGUGCAUCAGGUAUUAUUAUUUUUUAUUUUUAGUCGUUACCCCUUUUUUAUUUUUUAUUUUUUUUUUUAUGUGUGUAUCUUUUUGAUUGCGCCCUCUCCACACCCCCCUUUCUUCCAUUAUAAACUCCUAAAAUAC